AAGAAGCUGGGCGUCAAUUGCGGCGUGCUAGCAGUCAUAUCGGCGAUGAACAGACCACUACAUCCUAGGCCCUAAGUGACAAGUCGGCAUUGAUGACGGACAAAGAGCGUACCUCCACCUAUAAGCCGCAGCAGCAGGCUCAAACGGGCAUUCAAGGGACUCUGCAAAGGCCGUAUAAUCCCUCACCAAACGUCACGGCAUCGACACGGCAAGCUUCGGCGACAACGAUGCUACCCAUCGAUACCUAUAACGACUGGAAGUUGUCAGUAGCAGAUCGACCCCUAUGAACACGUGAACUGGAUCUGUUUCACCAUCCGAUACGGCAUACUUCGUCCCCGACAACGGUCUUGAAGAGUACCAAGUUACACAUUGUUGGCCCUAACAAGACCUUUUGAUAUCCGACCGGACAUUGAUGCUCCCCCUACAAUACUACGAAUUACUAUGUAUCACCUCACACUGGCUCACAGCAUCACUGUGAUGGUUUGAGCAAAGUUUGAAAGUGCGACAUGUUCCCU